AUGAGUUGGCACUUCGUUUUGACUGACUGCAAUCCAGCCGACAAUUUGAAAAGAGGAGCUUCCCAGAGUGAGCUUCUGGAUUCUGCCCUUUGGUUCAGAGGCCCAGCGAUCCUUCUCAAGAAUCAGCACGAUUGGCCUGAAUCUUGUUUGCCUGAGAAGACUCCUCCCGACUUCAGAAAGGGCAUUUUGGUUGGCGUCUCUACCAAAGUGGAUCUACCCUUAAAACGCAAUCUCGUGAAUUCCUGUCAAAAGAUGACCCACACUUUCGGAUUCGAAUACAAAUUUGCACACCGUAAAAGACGUCCUGGUCUUGCCGUCAAAUAUGUCAAGAUGGGCACUCAGAUGUUCAUCAGAUGUAUCCAAAUGAGCAAGCUGGCUGAUGACUACUGGAGACUGCAUUCUAAGCAGCAAAUUUCAUCAUCCAGCCCGUUGUCCUCUCUAUUGCCAUUCAUCGAUAGCUUCGGUCUGAUGCGAGUUGGUGGCCGUCUACAGAAUUCGUCCUUGGAUUACAAUGCGCAGCAUUCUGUCAUACUGCCACGCCAGCAUCCAGUUACACGUGCCAUUAUUCUGGACUUGCAUCGGAGGAACUUGCAUUCUGGUCCACGAGCUCUGCUUGCUCACAUGCGCCUUCAGUUUUGGCCAUUAGGUGGCCGCAAAACAGUGUCAGCUGCAGCGUCCAAAUGCUUUAUUUGCUUUCGUGCCAAACCACUGCUUUCUCAACACAUAAUCGCUGACUUGCCCAAGGAUCGUGUAAAUGCCACGUCUACGUCCAUGGUUACUGGUCUGGACACCUGCGGUCCAUUUUACUACAAAACCGGAGUUCGAAGCAAGGUGCCUGGGAAAACGUACGUCUGCGUUUUCAUCUGUUUCGCGACGAAAGCGAUGCAUCUGGAGCUUGUCCAGGAUCUUUCGACAUAA